ACGACGGCCGUAAAGUGCUCUCUCCAGCCCGCGGUUGUGAUGCCGCUGUUGCUGCCGGCCGGGGCCGGGGCCGGGGCCGGGGCCGGAGCCGGGGCGGAUGGGAGCGGGGCGCGCUACGUGCUGGUUGCCAGCCUGGACAAGGCGCGGCACCUGUCCACCAUGCUGCGGGCCGUGCACUUCCGGGAUGUCGCCACGUGCGUGGCCACCGCCAACGGCCUCAAGGUGACGGUGGAGAGCGCCAAGUGCCUGCAGGCCUCUGCCUUCAUCCAGGCAGGGAUUUUUCAAGAAUUUGUUGUUCAGGAGGAGUCUGUGACAUUCCGAAUCAAUCUGACCAUUCUUCUCGACUGCCUGACCAUUUUUGGUACAAGUUCCCUGCCAGGCACUUCAACAGCGCUUCGGAUGUGUUACUGUGGCUAUGGCUACCCAUUGACGCUCUUCCUAGAAGAAGGAGGUGUGGUGACCGUGUGUAAAAUUAACACUCAGGAGCCUGAAGAGACGCUAGAUUUUGAUUUCUGCAGCACAAAUGUGGUUAAUAAAAUUAUCCUGCAAUCUGAGGGGCUACGAGAAGCAUUUGCUGAAUUGGACAUGACAAGUGAUGUUCUGCAGAUUACAAUGUCACCAGAGAAGCCCUAUUUCAGAUUAUCUACCUUUGGGAAUGCAGGAAGUGCACAUCUGGACUAUCUCAAGGAGUCUGAUUUGAUGGAAGUGUUUCAGUGUAACCAGACCCAGACAAACAGGUAUAAGAUCUCAUUGCUCAAACCAUCUACUAAGGCGCUGGCUUUAUCUUGUAAAGUGUCUAUUCGAACAGAUACUCGGGGAUUCCUCUCGCUGCAGUAUAUGAUUAGGAAUGAAGAUGGACAGAUCUGUUUUGUGGAAUACUACUGUUGCCCUGAUGAGGAUGUUGCUGAAACAGAACUAUAACGUUCUGAAGGUCAUAUGUGGUUGAUCAGGAUAUUAAACCUUACAUUUUUAAGUGAAAGUUGUCAGAUCGAUAGAACUGAAAAAUAAAGUUCUUUUUAUUCAGAGAACAGGCAGCUACAAUGCAGGCUUCUCCCUGCCACUGUUUUUCUGGCCCAAAAGCAACCCCUAUACAAAACAAAAAGGUUGCUUAGUUCUCAACCUCUGCAGGGCCUGAUGAAGGUGCCACUGUGUGUUACAUACAGCCAUGCUUCCUGCCCACUUGAAAUGCUCACCAAACAGCCUUUGGGAAUGGAAUCACCAGUCACAGUGUAACAUAAGGAUGAUAUAUUAACAAAGCAGCAUGAUUUUGGUGUUAUGUUGAUUAGUCUGUACCACAUGCAGUAUUUUAAUCUACCAUUUGUUGCUGUGGUUUGUUUUGAGCAUGGACAAGGCAUUAUAGACAGCGAACAAAGGCUAAGGGCAUGUACUAGACAGCAGAAACCUUCAGACGAUCAAACAAAAAUCACUUUUCUCAAAAGACUGCUCAUGCAAGAAGGUGACUUGGCAUCUGACUUCUCAGUGCUUACAAAUGGUUUACUCGUCAGACGUAGUCAGUUGUCUACCCUGGAAUGGCAUCUGGGAUGAAUGUUACCUGCUGUCUACAGCAUUAGUGCUUGUGUUGCACUGGCAAGGUAGGGUGGAAUCCAGUAUGAAUCGCCCGCAGAACAGCACUUUGGCCGUGUUACUUGGACUGAAUCUCAACUACUUUUUGUAUUUCUCUAAUACAGGGAGACUGCCCUCGAAAUCUGUUACCUUAAAUGACACUUCCCUUCUACCCUCUUGGAAACCCCAUACAUCUCCUACCACUCUCUAGACCACAGGCUUCUGCUUUGAUUCUUUAAGGAAAGAGGCCAGGAACAUGCGUUUAAGAAGGAAUUUAAAAUGUUCUUUUAUGGAAUGAUUGAUAAAAUACUAUACCGUGUCCCUAUUAUGAGUCCCAUGGACUUUGAUUGGCUGUCUGACUGUUGACACACGUACAAUCCCAUAUGUACUGAAUUUACACUUUUUGCAGCAUUUAUAAAUGUUUUUGUAUUUUUUUAAAUUAUCAAAUUUAUUCCCUGACAAUAAAAAUUGCAGUUACAUUUAAAAAA